CUACAGGAGAAAUCUCAGACAGCACCAGGGUCAAACAAUGUCAGUUCCUUUUUUGCGUUUACAACAUGAAUUCUCAUUUCUAUCUCCUCAUGUUAGGAGUAAUUCUGAUUUCUGGUCCGUUGGUGUUCUGUGAUGUUUCAUCAUCUCUCUGGGGAGCUUAUUUACCCGGGGAUAUCGUCAUCGGGAUUCUGAGCUCAGUUCACUCAAACUUCACACAGUUUAAUGCUUCAAAUCGUCCGCACAUACAAUGUGACAGCUUUAAUCUAAUAUCUUUUGUACAGUCUUUGGCGAUAAUCCACACCAUUGAAACAAUCAACAACUCAAGUCUUUUGCCUGGAGUUCGGCUCGGAUAUCUAAUGUGUGACCCAUGUGCAUUUGCAUCCAAAGCACUGCAUUGUGUGGAGCAUAUGCUUGCGGUUAAUGGAUCACUUCCUGUUCUUUCUGACUACUCAAAUUUCAGUUCACCUGUAAAGGCAUUUUUAGGGGAAAGAUACUCUGAAUUAUCCAUUCCUGUCGCUAAGAUGCUCAGUCUCUACAUGAUUCCUCAGAUCAGUUGCACUUCUUCUGCACCCAUUCUGAGUGACAAGUUACGUUACCCAUCUUUCUUUCGAGUUAUCCCAAGUGAUAUAUACCAGACACAGGCACUGGCAAAGCUCAUGAGGCACUUCUCUUGGAACUGGGUUGGAGUAGUGACUCUAGAUGAUGACUAUGGAAAUGCAGCACUUGAGAACUUUCUACUGGCUGCAGAUAAAGUGAAAGUGUGUGUGGAGUAUAAAGAGGUGUUACCAACCAUUCAAGGAAUUGAGCAGAACAUGAAGAACGUGGUUAAUCGCAUUCAAUCAUCUAGUGCCAGGGUUGUACUGCUCAUUUUAAGAGCUGAAGUGGUGGAGAUUCUCUUUAAAGAAGUGAUUAAUAGGAACAUUAGUCGUAUCUGGAUAGCCAGUGAUGCCUGGUCUAUGGCAGGCUCCUUAAUGAAGAUGAACGACAUAAACAAAGUAGGAGACAUCUUAGGUUUUACAUUUGUCACAGGUCAAAAUUCUGAGAACACAACUCCAUCUUGUAAUCUGAACUCUCAGGAGAGUAACAAUGACUACCUGAUCAAUUCUGUGGAUCUUACAGCUACAUUCAGUCAGAGAGUUGCUGUCUAUGCCAUUGCUCAUGCCAUCAAGAAAGUUCUUAAAUGUAACAACACUGACUGUCCUGAAGAUACCAACUUUCCACUAGAGAAGCUAGUGGCCAUUCUUUGGAAAAUAAACUUCACCUUGGACAACCAGACAUAUUCUUUCAAUAAAGAUGGUGAUUUCGACACUGGCUAUGAUCUCAUAAUGUGGAAAAAUGUCAGCGAUCGACGAGUACCCAGCGUGGUGGGGAAAUUCCUCAUUAGCAAGAAGGAUGUGGACGUCUAUGAAAACAAUAUACCAUGGACCAACAACACGGUGCCCUUGUCAAGAUGUUCAGAGACGUGUCCUCCUGGCACAGAAAAAAGUGUGUCCGAUAUUCUCUGUUGCUAUAAUUGCACUUUUUGUAAUGAAGGGUACUUUUCUAACAUGACAGAUCAAGAAAAGUGUGAAAAAUGUCCAAAUGGUUAUACUUCUAAUCCAGGGUCAUCAGCAUGUCAGCAGUGGAACAUUUGGUUUUUGAAAUGGUCGGACUCGUAUUCCAUUGUGGUGAUGAUCGGAACAGGAAUCGGAAUACUGCUGCUGAUCUUCUCUUUUAUCUUUUUCAUUUUACACAGAAGCAAUCCCACCAUCAAAUACACUUUAAUAUAUUCUUGUAUUAUGAAAUUCGGCAUUUUUGUGACCUUCGGAGGCGUGAUCAUGUUUUUAGGCAAACCAUGCACCGAACAUUGUGUGACGCAACAGGCUAUGUACAGUCUCGGAUUCACGCUGUGCGUGUCCUGCAUUCUGACCAAAGCUUUCCACACCUUCCUAGCCUCUGUGGCCUACGAUCCACACACACGGCACAAGCUGCAAAAGAUUGAUAAGCCGUUUGCCAUCAUUGGCUUCCUCACUGCCGUUCAGGGUUUCAUUUGCAUCUUUUGGUUUGUGUUUGAUCGCCCAGGUGUUCAGGAGCUUAAAUCCAAUUCUCUGAACCUUACCAUGAACCUUCUGUGCACCCAAGGUUCAUCAAUGAUCAGCUUUUGGGUGAUGCAUGCAUACAUCGCACUUCUAGCUUUAGUUUGUUUUCUGUUGGCUUUCAAAGGCAAAGAUGGAGAAACCGAGCCUAUAGUUUUUAGCAUGCUCAUCCAUCUGUUUGCUUGGUUUUGCUUUAUUCCGGUCUUUAUCACACAACAUGAACUUCGGCCUAUUAUCCAAAUCUCAGCUAUCAUGGUCUCCAAUUACGGUGUCAUCUUCUGCCACUUCACGCCAAAGUGGUUUAUAAUUAUGUCAGAAAAACUGGAACAUAAAAAUAAAAAUUCAUUAAGGGUAAUACGCAGAAGGUCAACAAACACGGUUUCACAUUCAGAAGUAGGUUUUGGUUCCUUUAGGGAUUCCUCUCGAACACUUUCAGAUUCUGAAGAUGUUGGAAUAUCUGGUAGAGAUAAUGGUCUAAAUAUAGGCUCAGAGGACUCAAUAAUAAUAACCAGCACAUCAUCAUCAGAGCAGAUCACUGUUGCAGAAGAUAAAAUGCCAGAUCCUGAUAAUGUACUGAAUCCAGAUGAUUCAGAGGAUUCAAUCAUAAUAUCAAUCAAAAGAUCAACACUAUCCAACAUUCAAGACAAUCACAUACCCUGCUUGGUUAAUGGAGUAAAUAGAGACUAUUCAGAGGAAUCUACAUCAUCAUCAAUAAUAAAUUCAGAACAGUUCCCUACUAGAGACUUUGAAAUACCAUUCUGGCAUCAGAGACAGUAUAUUUUCUCCAUUAGACGUCGAAGAACAAAGAGUUUCUAACGCACACUGUGGAACUUGUAUAAUUAUCAUGUAUUAUCUACUCUUGCAUUUUAAAGGGAAAAUCCAGUGUUAAUAAUUAGGAUUAUAUUGUAUUGAUUAUGGGUGUCUGUAUCAGACCACAAUGCUGUUUGACUUUCUGCUUAUAUUCUAUGGUGCGGUGAGAUUUAGACCUUUAGACUUCAUCUCUCGUUUCAUUGUCUGUCUUGUAGUUCUGUGAACAUGGCAAGGUAUCAUCUAUAGUCACCAAUAUAGCAUGUGUCUUCAUAUUCGCUUUUAACAUGUCCACAAGUAAUAAAAAAAUCCAGAGAAAAAUUAUCCAAGUCAACAAAGAAACAAUUUCAGAACAAGUUCAUUGAUGAUGAUGAGGAUUGUGUAGAGUAGAUCGCCUCAUUAUUUUGAAGCUCUGGAGCAUUUCUGUAAGGAAGAAUGGAAUAAAAUGUAAGUAAAGAUCUGCCACAUUGGUAGACUCCAAGCAAAACGUGUUUAAUUUUAGGGGUUUUCUUUUGGUUUUUACAAUAAAAUGUUCCCCUUUGUUUUUCACUUAAAUUCUGUCUGUUUAUAAAUCACAUUAUACAAAAAAUUCAGGUUAAUUUAGCUGAUGAUAUUGAGCUAAUAAAAGUGAGAAAUAUUAUUUAA